GUGAUGCUCCUCCUGAGGGGCGCGGGGCCAAGAUGGCGGCGCUGGGGAAGGAAGGCCGCGCGGUUGGCGGACCCGGAGGGCCUUCUGCCGCCUCUGCCUCGCUCUCCAUGGAGGAAAUACGCGCCCUCCCCGGCCUCACGGAGCUCGAGGCCGCCUACAGCCGCCUCUGCGCGGAAGAGAUCACAGUCGAGGAAGAGCUGGAGAUGCUUCUGGAACAGCAGGGCACAAUCGAGGGCAAGAUGGCUUCCCUCCAUCGCAUGGGCCCCAACCUGCAGCUGAUCGAAGGCGAUGCCAAGCAGUUGGCCGGGAUGAUCACCUUCACCUGCAACCUGGCAGAGAACGUCAGCAGCAAAGUUCGGCAGCUGGAUCUGGCCAAGAACCGCCUCUACCAGGCCAUCCAGAGAGCGGAUGACAUCUUGGACCUGAAGUUCUGCAUGGACGGAGUUCAGACGGCCCUGCGGGGCGAAGAUUACGAACAAGCUGCCGCUCACAUCCAUCGCUACCUUUCACUGGACAAGUCGGUCAUUGAGCUCAGCCGACAGGGACGAGAAGGCAGCAUCAUCGAGGCCAACCUGAAGCUCCUUCAGGAGGCAGAGCAGCGGCUCAAGGUGAUCGUGACGGAGAAAUUUGACGUGGCCACGAAGCAGGAAGACCUGCCUCAGGUGGAGCGCUUCUUCAAGAUCUUCCCCCUCCUCGGGCUUCAUGAGGAAGGGCUCAGCAAGUUCUCCGAAUACCUCUGCAGGCAGGUGGCCAACAAAGCCGAGGAGAACUUGCAGCUGGUGAUGAAAACGGACAUGGCGGACCGCCGAGCUGCAGUCAUCUUUGCAGACACCUUGACUCUCCUCUUCGAAGGCAUUGCCCGGGUGGUGGAGACGCACCAGCCCAUCGUGGAGACCUACUACGGGCCCGGCCGGCUGUACACCAUGAUCAAGCACCUGCAGGCCGAAUGUGACCGGCAGGUGGAGAAGGUUGUGGACAAAUUUGUGCAGCAGAGGGAUUACCACAGACAGUUCCAGCAGGUGCAGAACAGCAUGAUGAGGAGCUCAGUGGCAGAAAAGAUUGAACCAAGGGAGCUUGACCCUGUUUUGACGGAGGUCACCCUGAUGAAUGCUCGGAGCGAGCUGUACCUGCGGUUCCUUCGGAGGCGCAUCACGGCCGACUUUGAGGUGGGAGAUUCCAUGGCGCCGGAAGAGGUGAAGCAAGAGCACCAGAAGAGCCUGGACAAGCUUUUGCACCAUUGCCUCCUGAGCUGCGCCAUGCAGGAGCUGAUUGGCUACUACAUCACCAUGGAAGAGUACUUCAUGCGGGAGACUGUCAACAAGGCCGUUGCCAUGGACACCUGCGAGAAGGGCCAGCUGACCUCCAGCGUGGUGGACGACGUCUUCUACAUCGUGAAGAAGUGCAUCGGGAGGGCCCUCUCCAGCUCCAGCAUCGACUGCCUCUGCGCCAUGAUCAACCACUCCAUCACACAGCUCGAGUCCGACUUCAGGGAGGUGCUGUGCAACAAGCUGAAGGUGGGCUUCCCGGCCACGACCUUCCAGGACUUCCAGCGAGGGGUGACCAGCGCCGUCAGCCUCAUGCACAGCAGCCUCCAGCAAGGGAAGUUCGACACCAAAGGCAUCGAGAGCACCGACGAGGCCAAGCAGUCCUUCCUGGUGACGCUCAACAACGUGGAAGUUUGCAGCGAGAACAUCAUGACUCUGAAGAAGACCCUGGAGAGCGACUGUGCCAAGCUGCUGAGCCAAGGCUUUGGGGGCGAGCAGGCCCAGGCCAAGAUUGACAGCUGCCUCUCCGACAUGGUGGCCGUCUCCAACAAGUUUCGGGACCUCUUGCAGGAUGGCCUGAAUGAGCUGACCAACUCGGCCAUCAAGCCGCAGGUCAAGCCCUGGAUCAACCUCUUCCUCUCCGUCUCCCACAACAUCGAGGAGGAAGAGUUCAGUGACUACGAGGCCAACGACCCGUGGGUCCAGCAGUUCAUCCUCAACCUGGAGCAGCAAAUGGGGGAGUUCAGGGCCGGGCUCUCCCCCGUGAUCUACGACAGCCUGACCAGCCUGAUGACCACCCUCAUCGCUCUCGAGCUGGAGAAGGUGGUCCUGAAGUCCACCUUCAACCGGCUGGGGGGGCUGCAGUUCGACAAGGAGCUGCGCUCGCUCAUCGCCUACCUGACCACCGUCACCACCUGGACCAUCCGCGACAAGUUUGCCCGCCUCUCCCAGAUGGCCACCAUCCUCAACCUGGAGCGGGUGACGGAGAUCCUGGACUACUGGGGGCCCAACUCGGGCCCGCUGACCUGGCGCCUGACCCCGGCCGAAGUCCGGCAGGUGCUGGCCCUCCGCAUGGACUUCCGCAGCGAAGACAUCAAGCGGCUGCGGCUCUGACCGACCCGGAACUCCCCCGGAAGGACUUCUCCUCGAUCCAAAGGAUGCAAA